AUGGACAAUUUCUCAACCUCUGAAUUCUCGCAGGAAUCGUCGCUGUACUCUUCGAUGCCUACAUCCGCCGGAACAGACCUCUCAAUCUCAGAAAACAGCGCGCCGACCGAAAGUUUCGCCACGGGCGAUAGCAGCUACAUCCCACGUCCCAAGCGCGUCGCCUGCGUGGUCUGCCGGCGCAGGAAGUUGAGAUGCGAUGGGACGCGACCAAGCUGUGGAACAUGUUCACGCUUGGGUCAUGAAUGCGCUUACGAUGAAGUACGAAAGAAGAGUGGACCUAAGCGUGGAUAUGUGAAGCAGCUGGAGGCCAGACUAGCUCAAGUCGAAACUCUCCUCAAAGGCCAAGAUUCGGAUGCUGCGAAGCGCACAUCCCCCCCGCAGCCACAAGAACAUGCAUUUACAGGAGCCUUUCAGGACGAACCCGAGCUCACCCUGCCAGAUCUCACUGGCCUUGGAAAUGAUAUGAGCAACACAAUUUCCCCCUCAGCAAAUGGACUGGACACGUCUCAGACGAGCCAGCUAUUUUACCCGCCAACCAACAAUAUCCAGAGUGACCCGCAAUGGGACCUGAUCAGUUUGGGGCUGGAGGAACCUCUUCCGGCACAAGAUGCGAUUGAUGAGCUGGAGGCCAUUUUCUUUGAGAAAACAUACCCAACGAUGCCGAUCAUCCAUCGUCCUCGUUACUUCGCAAAUCUCAAUCUCGGUCCUAAUCAACGACCGCCAAUUUGCCUGCGCUACAUGAUGUGGUCCCAUGCAGCCUCAGUCACGGACAAGUACUUUUUCCUGCAUACUCAUUUCUACCAAAGGGCUCGCAAGUAUGCCGAGGCGGAUGAAAUGAAAGGAUUCGGAGAGUCCAUCGUUACUCUGGGGCAUUGUCAAACAUGGAUUCUCAUUGGGGCCUAUGAAUUCCGAAUGAUCUACUUCCCACGCGCAUGGCUGAGUGUUGGUAAAGCCGCGAGACUGGCGCUUAUGAUGGGGCUCAAUCGCCUGGACGGCUCAGGAAUUGAUGUGAAACAGUCGAUGCUUCCUCCCAAAGAUUGGACAGAACGUGAAGAACGAAGAAGAGUGUUCUGGAUGGCCUUUUGUUGUGACCGAUAUGCAAGUAUCGGGACUGGAUGGCCCCUGGUCAUCGAUGAACGCGAUAUUAUGACAAACCUGCCGGCAUCUGAGGAAUCGUUUAUGAAGAGCAAACCACAGCGAACACUUCGACUAGGGGAUAUUAUCGGUGGCGAUGGGGUGUCUACAUUGGCUCCAUUCGCCUGUGUAGUUGUUUUGGCAAAUCUCUUCGGCAGGAAUCUGACUCACAUUCAUCGACCUCAGCCAUCAGAUAACGAUCACGAUCUCAAUGGUGAUUUUUGGAAGAGACACCGGAGUCAUGAUAAUAUUCUGCUCCAUAUUGCACUCUCUUUGCCCGAGCAUCUUCGACUUCCGUCUAGCACUGAUGAUGUAAAUGUCAUCUUCGCCAAUAUGAGCAUUCAUACCUCGACGAUUUGUCUCCACCAAGCAGCGAUCUUCAAGGCGGAAAAGAAUAGAAUGCCUAAUCAAAUCAUCACUGAGAGCAAACGCCGAUGUCUUGUGGCAGCGAACCAGAUUUCCAGUAUCAUGAAGAUGGUUAGCCACAUUGACUUGACCAUUUUGAAUCCCUUCAUGUCCUUCUGUCUCUACAUUUCAGCCCGAGUUUUCGUGCAGUACAUUAAAUCGCGGCCUGAUGAUUCGGCGGUUUAUUCUUCCCUGCAAUUCGUUGUUGGGGCGCUUAAUGCAAUGAAGUCAAAGAACCCUCUGACCGAGUCCUUCCUUAUUCAACUGGAUGUCGAUCUUGAGGGCACCGGAAUUAGGUCUGAGAUCUCAAAAUCCAGUACAGCUUAUGCUCAACAAGCGAUGCAAACAUGCGGCGGUGAGCAGGUUGAGUGUGGGCACAUUUUUAAAUUUCAAGAAUCACAGCAAAGUGAUACCCCCCAAGUACCUUCGCAAGAUCCUACGAAUGUCGGUAUUCCGAAUCGUCCCCUGGUUGGUGGAGCUACCUCUCUGCCGAGUCGACACAGGGAAUCAGCCAACAUCGAUGCAAACCACCGAUCUGUGGGCCUUGAUCAACCUCACUAUUACUCCAAUCAAAUGCGGCACCCUGGCAGCAAUGGCGACGCUGGCAUCACAGGGUCUGUCAUAGAUGUGGAUAUGGACUUCUCGACGGAAUUCAGUCUCGGGGAGAGGAACCCACCCUCAGAUCACCCCACGCCAUCGACAUUGAACUCAUCUUCAAACACCUCCUACUCGAUUUCGGGAAAUGACAAUCCAUCUCCUGGAAAAAAGCAACACACUUCAGGGACUACCUACUCCGGUCAAGGCUCUAACACCAUCCACAUCUCUCCCGCAGGCACAGGUCCCCCACAGAUCCAAGAUAUGAACACGAGAUCUGGGCCGGCCAGUGCGUUCUCCAUCCCUCCUGCGUGGGACUUGCCCACGCCCAGUUCUGACUUGAACAAUGUGGACUUCAACGUGAACGUGGACUCUCUAAGUGAGGCCCAGUGGGCACAGCUCCUGCACAACAAUGGUGCUGCGGCUGGGUGGGAUAGCUGGCGACCUUCAUGA